CAUCAGCUUGACGGCCAUAAAUACGCUCUCUUCUCACUCUAAUCAAAUCUCUCUCUCUCUCUCUCUCUCUCUCUCAGCCAGCCACCGGAGUCGUUUCGUCUCGUCUCGUCUCCUCCGUUUGAGAUUCCGAGAUUCUACUAGCUAUAGGACUUUUCAGUCUGGUAAAUUUUUUCCAUCAGACAGAAAUUAUCUGGCUACAACCUGCUGCUUCUUGAUGCUCAACUACCAGAGAAUUAACAUCACUAUCUCAGAUGGUCUAGCCCGUCAGAGUUGAAGUACAGUCUGGAUCAAAAUUUUCCUGAAAUCCAGACAGUAAGUUCAUGGACAGGGCGGACACAUCGGGUUUUGUCAGUGGUGGACUCAUCGGUACUUCGCUGCUGCUGAUUUUCUUCCACUUCGUCUACUCUCCAGUGCACAUAUAGAACAAGAUCAAGAAGCACCUGAUCUAUCUUUGUCUCGUUGUUUCUUCCACCUUCUGUACAUUGCAGGAUUACUUAGCCUAGAUGAAUAACGGUUUUCCGGAAAUCAUUCGCCGCGGAAACCCGCAUCUGAUGGAUAAUUCCGCAGUUGUGAUAAUGGGACACUCUGUGGCAAGCUACACCAUGGACAGCCAUGGACGGAGCUCUUCUUGCCUAGACCACCUGGGUUCAUCAAUGGAGAACAGUAGUAUCCAUGGCAAGAGAGGUAACAACCGGAGGUCGGGUCAUGGUGUGUCUGCGCAAGAUGACGGCUGCGGGUUGGUUCUUGGAUUGGGUCCAUCGCCGGAGAUGGGCUCCUCCGCGGCGCGCAGGUCGAAAGCGCCGGCGCCGGCGACAUUGUUCAGCCAGAGGAGCUUCUCCUUCACUGAGCCAGGGGUGCUCAGCCUUGGGCUUCAUCGGGGAGAUCAUGGUGGCGCGACGAUUCAGCAUCUGGAAGAAGCGCCUGCUGGGAACAUCAUCUCCUUCGCCGCCGCCGUCGAUGAGGGCUCGACGUCGGCGAGGAGGAGCUCCGGUGGGUACAUGCCGUCGCUGCUCUUCGCGCCUCGGCCCAACGCGUCGGCUCCUGAAGAGGCUCGUCAUGAUGUCGUGGCGGAUCACACGGACAACACCGUGAGUGGUGGUGGCGCGCGCCAUGGCCAUGCGCGGCGUCGCGUCGUUCGUCAGCUCAGCCCUGAGCCUGAGCCUGAGCCUUCGGCGACCAUGACGGAGACCUCGUUCGGUGUGAGCUCCGACGUGGUCACGACGGUGACCAAUCCUGUGACGACGCAGCCGGCGGCGGCGGCGGCGCAGUCGCAACGCCGGCAUCCGAAGAAGUGCAGGUUCAAGGGGUGCUCCAAAGGAGCGCGAGGCGCGUCGGGGCUGUGCAUCGCCCAUGGCGGCGGGCAGAGGUGCCAGAAGCCCGGGUGCCACAAGGGCGCCGAGAGCCGCACGGCCUACUGCAAGGCGCAUGGCGGUGGCCGCCGGUGCAUGCAGCUCGGCUGCACCAAGAGCGCCGAGGGGAAGACGGAUCACUGCAUCGCCCACGGCGGCGGCCGCCGGUGCGGGCACCAGGGCUGCCCGAAGGCCGCGCGGGGGAAGUCCGGGCGGUGCAUCAAGCAUGGCGGAGGGAAGAGGUGUUCGGUCGAGGGCUGCAUCCGGAGCGCGGAGGGGAGGGUCGGGCUCUGCAUCUCCCACGGCGGCGGGCGGCGGUGCCAGUACCCGGACUGCCGAAAGGGCGCGCAGGGGAGCACGCUGUACUGCAAGGCGCACGGCGGCGGCAAGCGGUGCGUGUUCGACGGGUGCCUCAAGGGCGCGGAGGGGAGCACGCCGCUGUGCAAGGCGCACGGCGGCGGGAAGCGGUGCAUGUUCGAGGGCGGCGGGCUCUGCCCCAAGAGCGUCCACGGCGGCACCAGCUUCUGCGUGGCGCACGGCGGCGGGAAGCGGUGCACGGUGCCCGGGUGCGGCAAGAGCGCCCGCGGCCGCACGGACUGCUGCGUCAAGCACGGCGGCGGCAAGCGGUGCAGGGUCGACGGCUGCGCCAAGAGCGCGCAGGGGAGCACGGAGUUCUGCAAGGCCCACGGCGGCGGCAAGCGCUGCACCUGGGCCACCGGCUGCGAGAAGUUCGCCCGCGGGCGGAGCGGCCUCUGCGCCGCGCACGGCACGCUCAUGGCCUCACAGCAGCGUCGCGCCGGCGGCGGCGGGAGCAUGAUCGGUCCAGGGCUCUUCCACGGCCUCGUCGGCGCCAUGAACAACGGCUACUCGUCCUCCGGCGUCAGCACGGCGUCGGAGUACUCCGACGCCUGCGACGGCGCGGCGAGGAGGCAAGAGCUGAUACCUCCUCAGGUGCUGGUCCCGAACUCCAUGAAGUCGUCGUGCUCGUCGGCGCCGCCGCCGUCGAUGGGCAGGGGCAGAGAGGGAGGAGGGUUCGUCGUCCCCGAGGGGAGGGUGCACGGUGGCGGCCUCCUGUCGUUGCUCGGCGGGAGCUUCAGGAACGUCGACGUCGACGAGCUCUGAAGCAGCAGCGCUCGUGUGAGAAAAUCAGUGUCAGUUUCUGCAUCUCAAAAAACGGAGGAAAAAAAACGAAGAGAAAAAAAGAAAGAGAUUCUAUAGCUCAUAUAGAUGUUAGGUUGGUACGAAACUUCAUAGAUUGUUUUGAUGUUAUUAUCGUGUCAAGAUUCAAGUCUCAGGGCAUGAACUUGUCAGGGGAUUUCAAAUGUUUUGAGUUCGUUGUGAAUAAAAUGUAGUAGACAUGAACUUGUCAGGGGAUUUCAUAAGUUUCGACGUCGACAUGAACUUGUCAGGGGGUUUUUCGGGUGGAAAAGGCAUUAAGCUGCGGUUCUUGUGAAUGAAAUGUAUAUGUAAUAAUCAGACAUUUCUUUCUGCUACAAUAUGCAGAAUCAUCUAGUCGAUGAUUCUCAGAAAUUCAAGACGAAUAUUUGGUUCUUUGA